CUGCUUUGCAUCCGCUGUUCCUCUGCUCUCAUCAGCCUUCCUGGCAGCAAUCUCAUCAGCAUUCCUGGCAGCAAUCUCAUAAGCUUCCUGGCAGCAAUCUCAUCAGCAUUCCUGGCAGCAAUCUCAUCAGCAUUCCUGGCAGCAAUCUCAUCAGCUUCCUGGCAGCAAUCUCUGGUUACUGAGGGAUGCUUUCACACCUGGAUGUCAUCAGAUUCUCAGCUCACACGGCCCCUUAUACACCAUGCUCCAAAACAUGGCUUCUCUCUCUCCUUCCUGUUCUCUCCAACUCUGUGUGCAAAACCCCACCUCUUCAUG